GGUGACGUCGUGGGUGGGGGAAGAGGGAAGAGGAGGGGUGAUCUCCCAGCAAACAGCUGCUGCAGCUGUGAAGAGAAAAAAGGAGAAAGAUCAGGAGCAGCCGCGGCGAUCCGACCCCUGCAACAGCGUUACCAUGAACACCUACCUCUUUGUGUAUGACUUAAUGCAGUUCUGUGGACAUUCCUGGAUAUUUACAAAUAUGAUCAUCAGGUUCAUGUCAUUUGGAAAAGAUUCAUUGGCCGACACGUUUUACUCCAUAGGACUUGUGAUGCGCCUUUGUCAGUUGUUAUCUGUUCUGGAGAUCCUGCACAUCCUCAUCGGCAUUGAUAAAAGCCGUUUCUUCCCCAGGUUUUUGCAGAUUACUGAGAGAAUAAUUGUUUUAUUUGUCGUGAUCAACAGUCAGGAAGAAGUUCAAGGGAAAUACAUUGUGUGUGUUUUAUUUUUCCUUUGGAAUUUAUUAGAUGUGGUCAGGUACACUUACAACAUGUUAGCAAGGACAGGAAUAUACUACCUACCACUGACAUGGAUGAACUUCUCACUGUGCAUCCUGCUCUACCCCCUGUCAGUUCUGGCUAAAGCAUUUGCAAUCUAUGUAUCACUGCCUUAUUUUGAAACCUUUGGCACAUACUCCAUCAAGCUACCAUUACCAUUCGCCUUCUCAAUCUACUUCCCCUAUGUUCUGAAAAUGUACCUGCUAGUACUGUUUAUAGGUAUGUGCUUUAUCACGCAGAACCUCUUCUCAGAAAGGAAGGCUCACCUAGGGACUGGCAACAUCAAAAAGAAAAGAAGCUAAGUUGAUACCUUGGUUUGAAAUAAGAAAUAUACUCCCAGUGGGCUGCCGCAUAUUAUAAGCAAAGAAAAAUAAGACAAAGAUUUUCAAUGCACAACUCCUGUUUGGAUGCACAUAAUCCAGCUGUGUUGAAUUUUCAGAAAACAAAGGUCUCUAAUGCACCUCAAAAAAGUAGCCGCUCAGAAUAACUAGAUAGUUUUUCAAGUUUUGACUUCAAAUGUCAGGAAUUUUUAAAAUGAAUAUAUUUUUUCUAACAUAUGUAAGAGAACUAAAGAAAAAAAAUUGAAAAGAGUUCCUUGACCCACAAUUACACUAACAAUACUUGUUCUCAUGUUAAUUCUUGCCUCAUCAGCAACAGGUAUUCUGCAACAACAAUAAGAUUAUUUAAUGUGUGAUUAUUCUACAUUAGACAAACAUGUAUGUUAGUAUAUAUAUAAAUAUUAAAUUGGUUAGAACUGGAAUCUCUCACGGAGCAGAAGCUGAAACCUAUGAGAUUCACCAGCUGAUUAGCCCUGAGCAUUCACAAAGGAUCCCUUCAAUUCUCAAAAAAGAUUCCACAAAAUGCAGCUAAAGCAUGAGGGCAAGUGACCUUGGUCACUUGAGAAGGUACUCAUCUACUGUAUGCCCAAGGGGAUAUUUAAGGGGCAUAAGCAAAGCUUGUAAUUGUGUUUCUGGCAGUCAUUAAGAAUCUCUUUCCUUGCGAUGAUUUUUCUUCCAUGCUGAACAGCAAACAGGUGACCAAAAGAAACGUGAUCAUGUCAGAUCAUAUGUUGUUCUUUGAGGUGAAGGUCAUGACUGUCGUAACCCAUGUGCAAAAUUCUACUUUUUGUAGAAGAUGCAGUUUUACUCAAGUGCAUGGCCCCCCAUGCUUCUGUAGAACUAUCUGUGAGAAUAGGGACAGAAUCCAGUCUCUUUGAAACUGGGUGUGAAGAACAUGGAUAACAACCCAGGGAACUCUGUUAAAUAGAAAGUAGACUAAACUUGCUGCACAAAUAAUUGCUUAGAGGUAGGCAGGGACUGGCAGGGACUUUUCUUAUGUUUCAUUUGUAUUGCUUAUCAUCUGCAUUUGGGUUCAUGCAGGUGGGGAAGAAAAGUGAGGCUAUUUU